ACAAGACAUCACCGCUGUUAUGGCUCAGACAGAGGUCGCCCCCGCCGCCAGCAAGCAAGCCAAAGGCGCCCCAUCCAGUGCCAAGAAGUCCAAGAAGAAGAAGAACCAGCCGGGCAAGUACAGCCAGCUGGUGGUGGACAGCAUCCGCAAGCUGGGCGAGAGGAACGGCUCUUCCCUGGCCAAGAUCUACAGCGAGGCCAAGAAGGUGUCCUGGUUCGACCAGCAGAACGGCCGCACCUACCUGAAGUACUCGGUGAAGGCCCUGGUCCAGAACGACACCCUCCUGCAGGUCAAGGGGAUCGGUGCCAACGGCAGCUUCCGACUCAACAAGAAGAAGUUGGAGGGGCUGGCAGUGCCCAAAAGAGCUUCAUCCGCCAAGCCCGCGGCCAAGAAGCCGGCCAGCACCCCCAAGAAGACCGUCGCCGCCAAAAAUGCCAAGCCCGCCGCCAAGAAAGCCAGCCCAAAGCCGGCCGCCAAGAGCCCCAAGAAAGCCGCCAAGAGCCCCAAGAAAGCCACGAAGAAGGCGACCAAGCCCAAGGCUCUGAAAGCCAAGAAGGCCAAAUAGACU